UAAACUAAAAUGGCGUCUACACUCUACGUCUCUACUGAGGACUCCGACGGUCCGACCAGUUCCCAGUUUCCCGCUCUAUUGCCACUACACCCGUACGCUUCCGCUUAUAGGCGGCCAUUAUUGCACCUUCAAUGAUACAGAUGGGUAGCUUUUCUAGGGGAAAAAUAGAUACGGCUGGUGGGCAUUAUCUGCCUUCUCAGUUGACCAUAUGGAAGACUUCUUUGUGCCCUCAGAUAGUUGCACGUUUCCUAGCAAUGCCUCAAAAGAAUAGUGAGUGUUCCCUUAAUUGCGGUUUGGUGAUUAAUUGUUCGGGUUAUUCUGGGCAUAUGCUUGUUCAAGCCUCAAAGUUGAAGGAUAAUGGAGAGUUAGAGGAAAGUGUUGGAUCCACUGCAAGGUCGACGGGUAAUGAUAUAUCUAGGAGUCUGAAUGGGAAAGCUGCAAAAGGGUCUGGGACAACAGCCAGAGGAAGGAGGUUGUUAAAGGUCCGGGAGGAGAAGAGGAAACGGGAAUAUGAUCGUCUUCACAACUAUCCUGCUUGGGCCAAGGUACUGGAAGAUGCCUGCCAGCAUGACACUGAGCUCCGAGCUGUUCUAGGGGAUAGUAUAGGAAACCCAGAGCUUAUGAGGAAAAGGGUUGAAGAAAGGGUUCGAACCAAGGGCCAAGAUUUCCACAAGUCUAAAACAGGAUCUGUCCUUGCUUUUAAAGUCAGCUUUAGAGAUUUCAAUCCGCUGGAUUCCUACAUAUGGUUUGAACUAUAUGGAGCACCAUCUGAUCGGGAAGUUGAACUUAUUGGUAGUGUUGUUCAGGCAUGGUAUGUCAUGGGCCGUUUAGGUGCUUUCAACUCAUCUAACUUGCAGUUGGCAAACUCAUCCAUGGACAACAAUCCUCUCUACGAUGAAGAUGCGGGUUCCAAGGUGAUGCCAUCAUCGUUUCAUGAUAUAAGUGAUGUCGAGUUCCAGGACAACUGGGGUAGAGUUUGGGUAGAUCUUGGCACGUCUGAUUUCUUUUCUAUUGAUGUGCUUCUCAACUGCUUGACUGCGUUGAGCUCAGAAUACUUGGGCAUUCAACAGGUAGUAUUUGGUGGUCGCCGCAUGGGUGAUUGGGAAGAUGGAAUGACAGACCCUGAAGACGGAUACAAAUACUUCAAAAUAUGAGUAGAAACGGGAGAACACAAAAGAAAACGGAAGCGAGUCAUAUACAAUCCACCGGUACAUCUUCUUUUUGCGUUUAGAUAGCGAGAGUGCUUGGGGUUUCCUCUUUUUCGCAUAUUAGCUGCAUCAUUUACUGUAUGAGUUAUGAGUAUCUUUACCUUGUUGGAGCCUGGGGGUGAAGGGGAAGCUGCAGCUGGUAUCAUAUGUAGUAGAACUGCUCUUAUCUGGUAAACAAAAAUUACUGAUUUGUAAUAGCAGAGUUCAUCUGUUAUAUCCUGGCAAUGCAAAGUUUUGGUGGAGUUGGUUGAGAAA